AACACCGACAUACAGGGUAACAUAGACGCACGAUUUCUUCGUGGACAUACAGUACACGGUACAUAGACCUGUCAUUUCAUUGGGGUGAAGACACUGGCGCCACAUACAGAGCUGAACCCGACGGUUGGGAGAAACCGAUGGAUUAAAGCUGUCAAUCACCGUCCGUAUGUUGCUGGAUGCAUGUCCGCUUCAACACGUGACAAUAUAAACACCGGCCAACAAACUGUUCGCCGAUGUCCGACUACAAGGAGAAUGGUGAGUACAAGCCUCUUUGUGUUACAUAGCAGGCCACAGAAGUUCAUGGACCAUCUACUCUAUGUCCUAUUCGUGCUGUCUCACCUAGUAACGUACACCUUGACAAUAAAUGCAAAUACAACAGCAGCAACUUCACAAAAUAUUUCGGCUACCCCAGCUGAUGUUAUGGGCACAUCAUCAGCAACACACCAGGUUAUUACAUCUGGUUCAGGGACAGAGAAUCUCACAAACACUACCACCACAACUACCAUGAGCCCACCAGCCACAGCUACUGCUAAUAAUAUAACAGUAACGUACACCUUGACAAUAAAUGCAAGUACAACAGCAGCAACUUCACAAAAUAUUUCGGCUACCCCAGCUGAUGUUAUGGACACAUCAUCAGCAACACACCAGGUUAUAACAUCUGGUUCAGGGACAGAGAAUCUCACAAACACUACCACCACAAUUACCAUGAGCCCACCAGCCACAGCUACUGCUAAUAAUAUAACAGCACCCUGGCCAGUGCAUUGCAGUUUCUCACAAAAUUGUCACAGUGACUCUGUGUAUUACUGGAUGACAGUAAAUGUUGAAGUUAAUGGAUCUGAAUCUAAUGAGUCAGAUAUAUCUGCCUGGCUUCAAAAUCUGUUCCAAAAUCAAAACGAAUGCAGUCCUGCUUUUCCUACUGUUAGACCAUUAAAAAUCAAUACCACUUCACCCAAUGAAACUAUAAAUGACACUGCCAUCAACAGAGCAUCUACUUCCGACCCUGUCACUGCUUCUGUGACACAAAAUAUCAGCUCAUUUACUACAAAUUUAUUUUACAAUGGGACGCUUGGAAACAGCAGUCUGUCAAAUGGAACGGAAUCUACAAACAUGUUCAAAGACAUUAAGGUCAUGUGUGCCAAUAAGAGUGCUAUAAGGCAGACUACAUGUACUGUGUUGUUGCAAUUAACACAUCCAACCAAUACAUGCUGCAUUAUACAAACUGUGAGCACAGUACCGGAUAAAUCCUCCAUCCAGGCAUAUGUGGUUGGAGAUUCUGUAGAGCAAGUGGUAAAAGGGAUUUGUCACAGUGCGGCAGUAAAUCCAGGACCUCCUAUUGGAAGCUUUGAAAAGUGCAACGGUUCUCUUAGCCCUGACAUUCACUGCAAUUCAAGUGACACAGUAAACGUUUCAUGCAGUGGCAACGGUGAAACUGUAUAUGUUUCACUAUAUAUUCCAGACCAGAUGAACUGCACCUUUGAAAAUCAACCAAAUACUUGUAAUUGUUCCUCUUAUUGCAGCAGCACAGCUGCCUAUUAUAGUUUGGACAUUGGAACUACAGACUUCGGUUUUAACAUGACACAAAUAUUAACAAAUCCUACAUGUAACAUCACCAAUUUUGACUGCCAGGCUUUGAAGAAUAUUUCCCAAAUCUAUGAAAAUUAUACUGUGACAUGUGAUAUAAGAUGCACCGUCAUUGUGAAACUAAGAAAAGCCAUAGAUGUGUGUUUACUCAGCUCAGCUUUAAGGAGUGCAUUCCAAAACCAGAGCACCAUUGUCCAUGAUGGUACUGUCACCAGAGUGGCAAUAUGCAGCUGGGAAAAUAGUACAAAUGCAGAUCUUUUGCAACCAAACAUAUUGCCAGUUUCUGAUCUGCUUUUUGAUUUAUGCACAGUUGGAAAAGUGAAAAUUGUGUCAAAUUACUGCAAAAAUGGAACAAAUAUAGCUGUGCCUUUGAUAGAAAAGUGCGACAUCCCAGUGAAUUCUGCUACCACCAGCAUGCCACCUGCAAACACUAAUGUAACCAACACAACAGGCUCAUCAUCCAGUGCAGAAGCAACAGCUGAAAGCCUUCUAAAUCUGAGCAGGAAUGCAUCUUCUCUGAACUUCAUACAGAUACAGCAGGUUGUAUCUCUGCUAGAGUCACUUAUUUCUGGACCCACUGUUAGCUUGGCUCUGGGAAACAUGUCUAUCAACAUUGUCAGCAAUCUUAUAAAUGCACCUCCUAAUAUGCUGGCAUCCAUAUCAAACAGAAUUAUUGGCAUUGUGGAUACUGUUGGAUUGAAGCUGGUUGUGCAAGGACAGAGUCAAAGUAUUCUUUCCCCAUCUGUGGCUCUGGCAGUAAAACUGGUGGAUGGAGCUCUUUUUCCAGAGACCACAUUCACUAUCACUGGCCCCUUCGACUUGCAGAUUGGCCCAAGGUUGAAGAGAACUGAGUCCAGCUCUCCUCAGGGUUCUAUAACGCUCCCUGCUUCCCUGACAGCAAACCUCACUCCUCAACAGCAACAACUGGCCUCCAGAGUACAAUUUAAUUUCUACCAGAAGACCACUUUAUUCCAGGACAAAGCUUUAAACCCAAACAUCAGCCGGCUGAUCAGUGGGGUUCUUGCCUCCAGUGUGGCUAACUUGUCCAUCUCUAACCUGACAGACCAAAUAGUUUUUACCCUAAAGAACACAGAAAUUGUUGAGUGUCCACAUGGUAACUGUUCCCGAUCCUGUGUAUUUUGGAAAUUCAACUUAAACGAUGGUUCUGGUGGCUGGAGCUCUAAAGGUUGUAUUGUGCUGAAUCAGAGUCAAGCUGAGACGAUUUGUGGCUGUAACCAUCUGACCAGCUUUGGUGUUCUCUUGGACCUUUCCAGAGAAGGGAUAAACAAUCGGUUGCAGGAUAAUAUCCUAACCUUCAUCACCUGUAUUGGCUGUGGCAUCUCUGCUAUUUUCCUCUCCAUCACUCUGAUGACGUAUCUGGCUUUUGAGACAUUGCGUAAGGAUAUGCCAUCAAAAAUUGUGAUCCAUCUGUGUUUGGCUUUGCUUCUAUUGAACCUGACAUUCCUACUGGAUGCUUGGCUGGCUCUCUACCCCAAUGUUGUGGGUCUCUGCAUCUCCACAGCCUUCUUCUUGCACUACUUCCUGUUGGCGUCUUUCUCCUGGAUGGCCAUGGAGGCUGUCCACAUGUACCUUGCACUUGUUAAAGUUUUUAAUACAUAUAUAUCCCUCUUCAUAGUCAAAUUAGGACUUGCUGGCUGGGGUAUUCCUCUAAUUGUGGUCAUAAUUGUGAUAGCCAUUGAUGAAAACAAUUAUGGGUUGGUGUCUUAUGGGAAGUUUGAAGAUGGAACCACAGAUCAAUUUUGCUGGCUGAAGAAUGAUAUAGCCUUCUAUGUUGCAGUGGUAGCAUACUUCUGUGUUGUCUUCUUACUGAGCCUUAGCAUGUUCAUUGUGGUAAUGGUUCAGCUUUGUCGAAUUAAGAGGCAAAAUCCCCAUAAUCUACAACAUCGGCGUGUCCUACAAGAUUUGCGGAGUGUGGCAGGGCUUUCUGUUCUUCUAGGCCUUACCUGGGGAUUUGCUUUUUUUGCCUGGGAUGCUGUCAACUUGCCCUUUAUGUAUCUGUUUGCCAUCUUUAACUCACUGCAAGGCUUCUUUAUCUUUGUGUUCCACUGUGCCGUGAAGGAGAAUGUCAGAAGACAGUGGAAAAUACACUUCUGCUGUGGAAAACUGAGGCUUGUUGAGAACUCUGACUGGAGUCACAGCGCUACACAGAGGACAAAGAAAUCCACCAUAAAUAGACUUACCUCCUCAUUUAGAUCAGCAAAAUUAUCCAAGUCAAACAACUCAUCCAGUUCUUUCUUGGUCAAUGACAGCUCAGGAUCAGACAGGUCAAUGGGGAUCGGCAGUCCGUUAGAUGACCGUGCAAUCACAGAGCCGGAGAACCCCAGCUUAGAUGUAGUCCUGAAUGAGAUCAACCAUAGGUACUGGAGCCAGAAGUCCAUUUGACCUGAAAAACAAUAUUUAUAAUUGUGUUCUAAUACCAUUUAUGUUUAUGUUGUACAUAUAUUCUUUAAUAGUAAAUGGUAUGUACUGAAUAAAGCAUUUUUUGCUGUACCAUUUACAGAUGAUAUCCAAUGUUUAGCCAAAUAGUCUGCCAUUAUACUUGACUGGUUUUCUAAAAUAUAUUUUAUAAGAUUAAAUUAAAUAAGUAAUUGUUUAAGUAAUUGUAUGCAAUUGUUUAAGUAACUGUAUGCAUUUCAAAUAAAAUACUACUGUUCAUCCUCACAUUCAGUGAAAUUGCUGCAAAAUGUGAAAAGGUAAAAAUAAAGCUUACUUUGUAAAUUAAA